CAGGCACGAGCUUGUCACUCAGGAAAGAGUCGGUGCAAAGCAGCUGAUAAAUUCAACAGAUGCUCGUGCAUUUAGGGUGGCACCCUUUGAGCAGGGCGCCACCCUUUGAGCAGGGCGCCACUUGCAGCGGUUGGAAGAGAAGCGUGCAGGGAUCGUGCCCGAUGGCUCCUCAAUACGCACCGAGUCUGCGCUCCCGUCUGGCACCGUUGCUGCUUUUCCUGCAGAUAGGCUUCGUGGUCAUAUUUGCCUUUUGCAUUGAGAUCGAAAGCAAUAUAAAAGCAGACGGGACCACCUUCAGCAGCUUUUACCCAGAGUUCCAGGAUGUGAACGCGAUGGUGAUUCUAGGCUUCGGCUUCUUGUGCACUUUUCUAGUGCGGUAUGGUUACAGUGCCACUGGAUUCAACCUCCUUGUGGCUGUCAUGGCCAUUCAAUGGGCCAUCAUACUCAGAGGAAUGGAGUCCUGGUAUUACAGAGGGAAGAUCAGGGUAGAUUUGAGAAGCUUGGUGGUUGCCGAGAUGUGCACAGCCUCUGCCCUCAUCUCAAUUGGAGCUGUGCUUGGGAAGACCAACCCUGUCCACCUGGUCCUCAUCGGCCUGCUGGAGGUGUCAGGGUUCGUCCUGAAUGAGUGGCUCCUCCAGGUUCUGCUGAAGGUGCCGACAGAGAACAGCAUCAUGCUGCUUCACGUCUUCGGGGCCUUCUUUGGACUCACGCUGACCUGGAUCUUGUUUCGGGAAGGCUCCCUUCAGCCUUUUGAAAAGGAGAAGUUUGAUCGCCAAACAGGAUUAUUCUCCAUGUUGGGCUCUUUGUUUCUCUGGAUGUUUUGGCCCAGUUUUAAUUCGGUCCUCGUUGACAAUGACUUUCCUUGGAGGAAGCUGGGCGCCGUGUGCAGCACCUACCUGGCCCUGGCUGUCAGCGCCGUAACGGCAUCCGCUAUGUCUAUGCUCUCGAGCCCCAGGGGAAAGCUCAACCCGAUCCGUAUGCAGUCUUGCAUCCUCGCGGGUGGCGUUGCCGUUGGGGUUUCCAUGUCAGCGGUUCGUCAGCCAUGGGAAGCCAUGACCAUCGGCUUCACUGCCGCCGUUGUAUCAACCGCUGGAUCGCAGUGCCUCAAGACGCACAUGCUGCUUGCCUUCGAGUGCCACGACACGUGCGCUGUCCUGAGCACGCACGGACUCCCCGGCCUGCUGGGAUGGCUGGCGCAUCUCCUGCUGCAGAUAAAGGCCUGCGAUGAUCACACAACGGCUAUCCGGUUUGCUGUGUUUCACAUUUGUACUCUCCUCCUCACCAUCGCUGUCAGUCUGUCCAUGGCAGUCCUUACAGGAUUCCUACUCAAAUGGAACUUGUGGAGACCGCCUCAAGACAAGAAAUGUUUUGAUGACCAGGCUUUCUGGGAGUUUCCCCAUCUUGCCGUGAACAAGUAAGAAGACGGGAGCGAGUAGAAUCUUGGGAGGAACAAAUAUCGGUGUACAUAUUUUUAUACAGUUUCUUACUUUCUUAAAAAGUAGUUGUUAAAUGUUUGGUUGGCGAAAGACUGGGAUACAAGAAAUGAAAUCCAAUCCAAUCUAGCUGCAACUGCAGAAGUAUGAAUGCAAGACUCGUUUUCUGCCCGUUACGUCUCCGUUUAAUGCUGCCAUGGUCGUCAGAAGAUGACCUCGUGGUUUGGAUGUUACACAAGCAGAUGUUAAGUUUUGCAGUCAGAUAAAAACCUCCCGUACGCUUAUAACGACCAAUAGACUUCAAAACCUUGUUGACAUCAUGUCAGCAGUGCGAGCUAAUUAACCGUGUCAGAGCUGAUAAUGUUAUUUGAGGAAAAAAACAACCCCAAUAUGGUUACAUUCAGUAAAUGUGUUCAGUUUUGUGAAAUAUUGCCCUAAAUGAUGUUUUAUUCCAGAAUAAUUUAUGCUUUUUCCACUUAAAAGACUGUUCAAAUAUAAUGGAUGCUGUAAAAGUAAGUAUACCCAAAGGAAAAGUAGACAGCUGAGAGAUCCCCAAAUUCAAAUAUAAGUUGUAAACCAUUAUAACAACAUGGCUAUACAGUCUGUGUGAAUAGACACAAUUAAAUAUGUCAUCACACCUUUCAAAAUAAACUAUGAAAACUU